GUUGAUAGAUGACGAUUGACGGACGCACGCAUUUUUGGGAAAUCUUAUUUAGUUUGUGAUUUUCCUACUGUUUUGUGCAGAUAUAAGGAAAAACGGUUAUUUUGUUAGUGCUCCAGCAAUCCUUCAAUGAACCAUCAUAGAUUAUUUCACACAGAUCAGUAGCUCAAUAGUGACGAACUAUUAACAUUGUCCGUUGUUUUUCUUUGUUUUGCAUUUGAAUCAUCGACUUGGAUCAAGAUGCCUAUAUUGUUCAGUGUGGUGGCUCGAGGCACAGUUGUGUUGGCUAAAUAUGCAACAUGUGCCGGGAAUUUCACGGAAGUUACGGAGCAGAUACUAUCGAAGAUUCCACCUCAUGACGAUAGAUUGACCUAUUCUCACGGGAAUUAUCUGUUCCAUUAUAUUGCGGAAAAUAAAUUGGUUUAUUUCUGCAUCACUGAUGACAAAUUUCAACGAUCGCGUGCUUUCCUUUUCCUCAAUGAAAUCAAGAGGAGGUUUACGACCGCGUUUGAGGACACAGCCCAAACUGCUAUUCCUUAUGCUAUGAACAGUGAAUUUGCAAGAGUGCUUGCUGCCGAGAUGAAGCACUACAGCGAGUCUCGAGACCUUGAUACUAUUUCAAGAGUGCAUGGAGAGCUUGAUGAGUUGAAAAACAUCAUGGUUAAGAAUAUUGAUGCUAUGACUGUGCGGGGUGAGAAAUUGGACUUGCUUGUUGACAAAGCUGAUAAUUUAGCUACAAGUUCAGUGUCAUACCGCACGUCAGCGAGGACGCUCCAGCGGUCACUGUUUUGGAAGAACAUCAAAAUGUACGUAAUCCUAGUGCUGAUAGCCGCGCUGGCUGUCUACCUCAUCGGAGCGAUGGGUUGCGGAGGCCUCGCGUGGAAGAAUUGCGUCGGUUAACUGUUAGUAUACGUAAUAUUUAUAAACACCGUCAAACUUUGAAACACUGAUUCUUAUUACUACAAGAUUAGAGCCUGUUUCCCCACUUCCUUAUAAGUGUUUGAUCGGAUAGACUAUACAUAACUUAUCUGGCAGAUCAGUGGGGUUUAUUCAUCCAAAAAAACAAUAUUACUAUUUGAUAUUUGAUGACGUGACUUUUAAAUGCGCAAAUGUAAAAUUGGAAUAUUGCUUUUUAAGAUGAAUUACAACAAUUUGGCUUCUUUAGAACCCGAGUACUGCUAUCACAUGUAUAUGUAUAUCUCAAACAGACAUUUCAAUGCAGUAUUUGAAGUAAAUAAACUUUUAGUUAUUUCAACAUUGGAAUUUUAGAUAUUUUUAUUUUUGGUUUUACUUGAACUACAUCUGAGUACACCGCAUCACGUUUUCCUAUGCUUCUGUCCUCGUCUGUCACUCAUGAUGAGAUAAUGCGACCGCACGCGAUGGAAUCGACGAGGCGGUAGGAGUGCGGGCGCAACCAGCGGGCCUAGCACCGUAAGCACGCGACUCUUUAUCGUCUGUCUCUCUCUGUGCAGUACUGUGAGAGAGUGACGGGUGACGUAUGUCGAGGCGAGAAAGAGUCGCGCGUUUACGGUGCUAAGCCCGCAGCUCUUAAUUUCGCUCUAGCAAGGUUCUGAUUGAAAGGAAAGGAUAGAGGCAUAGCAAAGUGCGAUUCGGUGCGAGCAAGAUUAGUUCAACCCUAACUCUUAAAUCCCAAAGUCCAACUUCUGGGUAGGCAUAAUUUCAGCUUUCCACAAACAGACCUGACUAAGUUUGAAUAUGGAGACUCAGGCCCUUAUAUUAGGCAGACGAAUGAUUCAAUUAAAAUGACAACAAGUUUGAUUUAAAUGCAUAACUUGAUAAAUACUAAAUUGAUGAAAAAUAUAAUUUGACAACCCUGAAAUAACUUCAAUGACUAUAAUUAAUAAAAAAGAAAGGACUUUCAGUAGUUUUAUGUGCAUGUGAACCACAGACCAUGUAAAGAAAGUAUUCACUGCUGCUACUGGAGAUAAUGGUUCCCUGUUAUGAGCCAAACAUGUUUGUUACAAAAAAAUAUAGUUAGUUCACAUUAUGACGUGUUCAGAACACAGUGAUACUGAAAUACACAUAUGAAACAAGGUUUGAUGAUGUCCAGGUGAAGAAGUAUUUUAUUCAUGAAAAUUCCACACAGCUCAUUAGUAGAGUUGAAUGUAAAGUAUUUGUAACUGAUAUUACGGUUUUUGACUGCGAAAAUAAUUCUUAGUGUAAGUCGCCUAAGGGUCAAGCCACAUUGAAUUUGUAAGCACUUCAUCGCAUUUUCCAAUAUUUCUAUCCUUUUCUGUUGCUCAGAAUCGUAAUUUGCUAGAGCGAGAGAGAGCGAUCGCACGCUGCAAUUUGGACGACCGUGCUUACGCGCGCGAAAGCGUGCUAUUAGAUGUGGUGUGGUGUGGUAUGUGUGUGCUGACAGAGUCAGCCAGAAUCCCAUCUGAUGUGGUUCGACCCUAAUAUUUAAUUUUAUUUCACACGUCGCAAAUACUGGAUAUCAUGACUAGAAAUAUUAUUAUUAUUUUUUAUAACUUAAAAUUAAUUAAUUUUGGAUAUUCUAAUAUAUUUUGAAUAAUGUAAACUUCUUGAGUGUAUGUAUAUAAUUCAAGUUUGUUAUUAUUGAAUUCAUAUUCUUGUAAAUUGAAUAUUUUAGUUGUAAUGAUGAUUCAUUUAAUGCAAAUAAAGAAUAUUGAAUAUUAACAUUUACCAUUACGAACAAAGAGUUAAAAUAUUGCAUAAAAUAUUAUUCUUUAAUUAAAACACAUAAUGACGGGUUCUUACCGCGUUUAAAUCAGGGAUAUGAGACUCCCGAUAUUUCGACACUGUUUCAAGUGCCAUGAUCACGGGAUGACCCUGUCUGUCU